AUGGAAAGAGACAAAUUAUUAUGCUGUCAAAUUUGUUAUUUCCGUUUCGUUCCGUUAAUUGGAACGCCAUUUGGAAACACGGGAUUUUGUCUCACGCGUGUUUAUCAGUUGCUUUUCCUAAACAUUAUUUCUCUUUCUUUUUUACCUUCGCUUACUGGUGGAGUUUUGUCUCAGCAGGAUACGCGAAGCGAUUUUUGUGCGCAUACGAGUUUCAUUCUACACAACAAUUUAAUCAGAUCGCUCGUUAUCUAUUUUGGUUCCUAUCUAUCUAUCUAUCUAUCUAUCUAUCUAUCUACGCAGGAUUUUAUCUAUCUAUAUUUGUUCAUUAUCUAUCUAUAUAUAUUUGUUCAUAUCUAUCUAUCUAUCUAUCUGUCUAUCUAUCUAUCUGUCUAUCUAUCUAUCUAUCUGUCUGUCUUGGUUCAUAUCUAUCUAUCUAUCUAUCUAUCGAACUAG